AUGGAGACUGUUCCGGACCCCCAAGAUCUCCCACCCGACCCACGACUUCCGGGCCAACAGCCUCGAUUCUCCCGCGACAACAUCAUCGCCUCUCUCACAUCUUUCUACCGGAGUCUGCCGCAUAUCGACCCCUCUCUAGUUCGUCACGCGCCGUCGGGGGGUUGGCCAGAAAUCACCCCGGAGGCGCUCGCGGCCACUGGGAUGCGAAAUUGUCACCGACGAGUCGUGGAAUUAAUCAGGCAUCUGCCGUACAUUGACGGCAUUCCCCUUUGGAUCACUCCGGAAACAUUCCCCAUCAACUACCGUACCGCCGUAUCUUUGAUACCAGCCGUUGGAGUGUUUAAGCCCAAAUGGCUGCAUGCUCUAUCUCAUGACCUUCAGUCGUUUGAGGGCUUUCCGCCUUGGGUGAUCCCUCUCACUAUGAGUGUAAACAGAGACGGUGACAUAUGGCUACUGGACACGAUGGACGGCACAGUGACGAAGUAUAUCAUCACGGGACCUGUGUAUCCCGAGCCGGUGGGGCGAUAUGAAGAGGGCGAUCCUCGGAUAUGGAGAGAGACAUUGUGUGACGACAUCACUCUUCCCCUGAAGGCGUGGCUGGAGGGGAUACUCGACAAGUUCAAGGCGUUUAAGUACUUUGGCCUUCCCCGUCACGACGACCCAGGCGUCCUGUCGAAAGAUCAUUGGAGUGAGGAAACAAAAGAACUUAAAGAGAUUCUUGUCCAGAACGGAUGGCCAGAAGACUACAACAGUGAGGAGGGCCGCAAGAAACUAGUGGAAUGGGUGAAAAAGGCAGACAUCUAG